AUGGAAUACAUCGCCGCGUACGUAUUAUGCACAAUUGGACACGACAAAGCUGAAGAAGCGAAGGUCAAAGACAUUUUGACUGCCGCUGGUGCGACGGUCGACGACUCAAAAAUUGCGGAGGUGUUCAAGGCUCUUGACGGUAAAAAUGUUUGGGAAGUGAUUGAACAAGGAAAAAGCGAGAUGGGGUCGAUGGCUGUUGCCGCUGCUCCAUCCGCUACAACUGCAACUGAAGAAAAACACGAAGAAAAAGCUGAAGAACAAAAAGAAGAAAAAAAAGAGGAAGCCGAAGAGGACUUCGGUGGCUUUGGCGAUCUCUUCUAA